AUGUCCAGCUUCUCGUCAGCGCGUAGUGAUCAGAUACCCCACGCAUACUACUCAGCCUUGACCAGUCGACCAUCUCUUCAAGAUGAAUUCCACGACAUUGACAACGAGGGUCACUUUCAAACAUACUUGCGUCGGCUGCAAGAUGCAACGACACGGAAUUUUGUGUUGGACUUUGGCAAUGAUGAUGCCUGGUGUGCGAUGAAUCUGGAGCUGGAGGAUAUCUCGCUGCUGUUGCGCCAUCCAGUAAGCUUGUUCCAGUACACGACGGCGAUCAUGAGCUACUAUGGCGUCUCAGAACGACUACAAGGAAUGAUGUGUACGGAUCCUGUGGUAGUUCCAUCUAAGCCACCAGUGCCUGCUCAAUCAUUCAGGCGUAACUUUCGCAAGAGUAUCGAUCAAACUCCUCGUUCUCGCAUGGAAGAUCUUGAAGAUGGAUUCCUGAAGAGCCUAUCCCAUCCGGAUGAGAUACAGAAGGCAGCUUCAUUCCGUGGCCUUACAUUCGCCCAUGUUACGAAUCAAAUCUGGCAUUUUUGCUCGGUGGAUCAUGGACCCCGAUAUACCUGUAUCGGGUACAAUUCGGUCUAUGUGAUCCCGAACAUGAAUAUCUCGAAUGGUCGGGAUCUUCCUAGUGGCAAACGUCUAUGGUCCUGGUUGAUCCUUUGUGAUAACGGUACUGUCAUUUCAAUCCAGGAGAACCCAUUUCCUAGGCUAGCCGAACCACGUUCAGAUGCCGAGAUCAAAUCAGUACUGGGUAUUGUUCGCCGAAACGUGCAGAUGAUCUUUUCAGGAAUGUCCAAGCAGCACUUCGCGUCAUCAGAAAGUGAUUCUUUGGUCACGAUCCGUGUGCGCGCUGUGGGAGAUUCAUCUUCAGAUCAUGUAAGCAUCCAUCAAGACGAUGGCCCUGGCUUACUCUUUUACUACAUUUUCGAUGACUGGGUCUCGAGCUAUGCGCUGAUCGCCAAACGCGAGCAUCAAUACGGGGUCUUGCUGGACAAACUGAGACAAGAUAUGUUAACUAAACCGGCCGUCGACUUGGUGAACGAACUGCACUGGUUGGGAAGAAGGAUGGCGGUCCUAAAGCGCGUUUACCAGAGCUAUGAGCUUGUUUUGACGCGCGUGCUUCAAAGACAGCGCUUGCUCCGCGAUGAGGCGCGCGCACAUCCUAGAAUGGUAACUGGGCAUGCGCUGCGAGAAAAUGAAGCAGGAAAUCUGCAACACCCCGCUCUACAAAAGAACCCAUCAGAUCUGUCCACCUCUUCAGAUAAUUCAGUAGGGGUGCGGUUGAACUCGGCAGCGGUGGCUCGGAUCGAAAGACUUCUUGACCGGAUCAAGUUAUAUUGUCUGUCUGAGAUUGACGCCUGUUUGAUGGAGAAAGAAUCUCUCACAUUCCUGAACUUCAACCUUAUCGCCCUCAAAGAUUCGCAGGCCGUUGAAAAGUUGACGAGAAUCACUAUCCUGCUAGCUAAGAUCACGAUCUUGUUUCUACCUGUCAGUCUGAUGACGGCGUACUUUUCAACCGAACUGAGCGGCGUCAAAGGCGAGUAUACGCAGACAGAAUACUGGGUCAGCUUUGCAGUGAUCAUGGUCUUAUCGAUGCUUGUUCUCGUCUCCUUUGGAUACGCCAGCGGUACCAUCGAGGGCAAGCCCAUAUAUCGAUCAUUGUGCCGCAGCUUUCUGUCCUCAUCCAAGGAUAAGUUGGCGCAUCCACGAGACCAUGUUGACUAA